ACCUCAAGAUAUGUGGCCCACCUUCAAAUCUCAUACCUUAAAUCGAGCGUUUCCAAAUUCACGAAAAUGAAUUCCAUGAAAAACCUCCCAGAGGGCGUUCAGUCCGUCCCGGCAAAUGCUUCUGCUGAAUAUGUCAUUCGACUACUAAAGCGUGAUGGAGGAGUAUUCGUAAAAGGGCUGGUGUCCGAAGCAGAUGUCGACACCGCCUAUGCUGACUGCCGAGAGAAAAUGGACAAAGAUGGUGAAUGGGAAGGAAAUUUCUUUCCUAAGGAGACAAAGCGAGCUGCAAGUCUGUUAGCUCUCAGCUCGACUUACGCUCUCACUCAAGUGAUGAACCCACUGUAUCGAGCAGUGUGUGACCACUUCCUUACAACACGAAGUUGGUUCUGGUGGGGCGACGAAAGAAAAGAGUCAGUGUCUAGGCCGUAUGUUCAUUCCUGCGUUGCAAUGCGAAUUGGACCUGGUGGGAAAGCACAACCUCUCCACCGCGAUGAUUAUAUCGGCCACAACAUUCAUUCAGAAGUCUCAGAAUGGAAUGAAGAGCGUGACCAAAAUCGCGAAACUUCGAUUGGGCUCUUUGUCGCAGGAUGCAAAGUCACCAAAGAGAAUGGCGGCACGCAGUUCAUUCCAGGCAGUCACCUCUGGGGUAACGAUCGAAAGGACCCACCUAACGUGGACGAUUGCAUCUUCGCAGAUAUGGACAAAGGUGAUGCGUUCAUCAUGCUAGCUUCUGCGUAUCAUGGGGGUGGGCACAAUCAGACUACGGAUGAGUACCGACUUAUGUUCUCUACCUUUGUGACUAGGGGGUAUCUCAGACAAGAAGAGAAUCAGUUUCUGGCGGUACCCCUCGAGAAGGUGAAGCAAUACCCAAGAGAGUUGAUAGAGUACAUGGGUUAUUCUUUGAGUGAUCCCGCUUGUGGAACUUGGGAACAAGUCGAUCCCAUCUACUAUGUCAUGCCGGAGCUGGAAGCAAAGUACAAGGACUUUUGAACAAUUUUUGACUAGCUACAACUAUAACGAACUAACGCUUGACUAUAGUUCAUGUGCUCAUGCGCAUCGGUAGCAGUGUCCAUCAACUUUGACCCACCUGAUAGCCUUCGAUAUUCAAUUGUGAGGGACUCGUGCUGUAUAGAUACAAUAAGGAUCGAAACAAGCACUAAUCUGGCAUGAUCCUCUUCUAAAUCAACACAAGAUUCCA